AUGGCUUCCGAUGAUUUUGCUGUUUGCGGUCCACCACCUCCUCCACCAAACCGAUUUCUUAAUGACCCAACCAACCCUUUUCAACUUGACCAUGGGGACAAUCCCUCUGUUUCUCUCGUCCCCGACCUCCUCACUAUCAACAAUUACACCACUUGGUCUGGUGCAAUGCAACAUGCUCUUCGAGCCAAUAACAAAUUAGGGUUCGUUAACGGUGAACUCACCAAACCCACAAACCCAUCUGACCCUUUACUUCAACCAUGGGAACGUUGCAACGACAUGCUUGAACUACGAGAGCGUUUCACUCAACAAAAUGGCUCUCGAAUCCACCUCAAGAAAACACUCGCUGGACUUCAUCAAGAUCAAGAUCUGGUAAGCGUUUACUUUGGAAAAUUGAAACCUAUUUGGGAUGAACUCAACCUAUUCGACCCAUUGCCUGACUGUACUUGCGGUCAAUUGAAAAUCCUUUCGGAUCGAUAUCACAGAGAUUGCGUUAUUCAAUUUCUAAUGGGCCUAAAUGACUCAUACACCAAUUCUCAUGACCAGAUUAUGCUUCUUGAUCCGCUCCCCUCUAUUGGCAAAGCCUUUUCCCUAAUCCAGCAGCAAGAACACCAACACCUCAUGCUCAACAACAACCCUUCCCCUGAUUCCAUGGCUCUUGCUAUCAAGAAGUUUUAUCCCACCUCCAAACCACCCAACAAAUCUGGCCAAACACAAAAACCUCGCCCCAAUUGUACUCACUGCCAUUUAUCUAGGCACACUUUUGAGAAUUACUUCAAAGGAGGCAACGCUGAGCCUCCCACUUGUACUCAUUGCCACAUGAGUGACCAUGUUGCUGAAAAGUGCUAUAAACUCCACAUUUAUCCCCCAGGGCACAAACUAUUCAACAAAGCUAAAUCCUCACUAGUGUUUGCAAACUCUACUUCAACUGAACCAGAUGAAGACUCUUCUGCCACGGUUGCCUUUAUAAAGGACCAGUAUCAUCAAUUCCUUAAUUUGUUGCAACAUAAAGAGCAUCCUCUGAUGCCUUCUCCCUCCACCAACUCAUCCAAGACAACUUUUCAUCCCCAUGCUAACUCUGCUACUACUCCAACUAUGUCUGGUAUUUUGGCUUCAUACCCCUUAUCAUUGUCUGUUUCUUCUCAGCACUCACAUACUCCUUGGAUCAUUGAUAUGUGUGCUACAGACCAUAUGGUCUAUAUCACCUCCCUUCUCACCACAAACACUCACAAUGUCUCAUACUCUGUCAAAAUGCUUGAUAAGAGCUUGAAAGUGUAUCUUGAGUAUUUUCAGGACCUUUCAUCUUGGACAACGAUUUGGAAGGGUAAACUGAGGCGAGGACUUUAUCACUUGUUGCAUAUUGCAGUGCCUUCCAUAACUCUUGUCGACCACCUUUCCACUCUUUCAAAUAAACAUGACUUUGUCUCAACUUCAAUACUUACCAAUACACAAAUAUCUGAUACCUGGCACUAUAGGCUAGGCCAUACCUCUUACUCCACAAUUUCUUUAAUCAAAGAUCCUAUUGUAACCUUUCAUAUUUCUAAUACAAAUGAUGUUCCUUGUUGCAUAAGUCCAUUGGCUAAACAACACUGA